AUGUUCGCGUAUCGAAGAAUACUUCUAGCAGCGACAAUUUCGUCAGUGAGUGUCGUACUCGCCGACGUUCUCGUCCAGCCUGGUUACCAUUAUGAUAAUAAUCGACACAAUCCGCCAUAUCAGCCUGCUGUUUCACAACACCAGCCGUUGCUCCCGACUGAACGAUACUAUACAAAACAACCAGCGGACCAGCAAUCAAUGCAACAUUUAAAGGGAAUUCAAAUAAUUUACCCUUAUUGGAGGUACUACGACUACGAUCAGCCACAUUUCGUGGGUCAUCCCGUAUAUCGUCGCAACUACCCCGUAUUACCGCAUCGUUUGCAUUUCACGAAAAUAGGAGGCAGAAAAUAUAUCCGGCCCUCGAUAUUCGUCGGCUACCCGCAGCCCAUGAUAGGACACCACCGAUUUAGAAGAUCCCUGGUACACGAUGCCACAGUGGAGAAAGUCGGCAAAUCAACGAUCGUUAAACAUGACGAUGGUGUGGCCACGAAGCCGUCCCUAAUGACCGCGAAAUAUCUUACGGCUAUCGACUCACAUCUUCAGAAGAACCAGCCUAUCAGUACUGAUGAUAAUCAUUCGGCGGAGAAACGUCAGAGCAAGGACGAUCGCACUACCAAAGGACCAUUGUUAUUCGGCCUCUUUCCGGAAAAUAUGUAUCGCGGCUCUCGGCAUCUCAACGCCGACUCGAAUCCGGUAACGAGAAGUCCUCAAGCAAAUUCCGCCGGGAACAUGUUGAAAUAUCCGGGCGACAAAUCUACAGCGAAUCUUGCCACGACGAUUAUAAUCAAUCCGAUGGAGAAGGCGAUAUCGGGGACUUCUCAGGAAACGGGACGGGGUCAAGAAGACAACAAAGAUCAACAGCAGAAUCAAACGCCUCUCACAGAUACGAAACAACCCUCGAUUCCAACACCGACUUCGUCGUCGAACAAAACAUCGGAUGAGGAAUCGGCAAUGAUCGGCGCUUCUCCUUACUAUGACCCGAUGCACGGAAAGGAACUCGAAUGGCCCAUCACGUCAUCAGAAAUUUAUAUACCGAUGGGAUAUGAUACGUGGAGCUUGACGGGUCUCUACCAUACGCCGUAUAUGCGUAACUUUCCCGAUCCCAGGCCGGGUCCUGCGUCAUGGAAAUUUGAACCACGAUAUCAGCAGAAUGCGCAUCAAGCAACGACUAAGAAACCUUCGCUGAGGUCGCGUAGUAAGCUCAAGGAGCGAUUGAAAACCAACCACCUGAUCGGCGCAUCGAAUCCUGACAGCGAUUACAGAACUGCGAUUCCUUGCAACUCUCCAAGUUACCCUGAAUAUCCGUUCAUCUAUGAUAUUCCGCCAGAAGUGCCCAAUACGUACGAACCGAUCGUCGUCUCGUAUCCGAUCGAUCCCAACUACAACUACGCGAUUUACAGAUAUAGCGAUGCACAAAGUAACCCGACGCCGAUAACGGACGUGCAAACCGCGCCGUAUGUAUCGCGAAUGGUGCAAUUUCCGAACACCUACAAUAACCCGGUGAAUACGCGAUACAUUGCUCUACCGCAAACUUAUUAUCACCUCAAUUCCGCCUUGACCCACGACAGCGCGCCGUUCGAAGGCACAUUUUCGUCUCCGACUUAUUAUUAG